AGCACUGUAUUGUGGUUACUAUGCAUGACUUGAGCGCGAUCUGUGAAAGAGUGUGUUUACAUCAGCUGUUUUUGCAGUUAUGGCUUUAAGUAGUCUAUUACGAUGUCUAUGAUGGAAAAAUUAGUUGAACAAAGAGUCUGCCUAAAAUUUUGUGUGUCAAAUAAAAUCCCUUGUGCCGAAUCGUUGAAAAUGUUGCAAAAAACCUACAAUGAGUCGUGCAUGUCAAAAACACAGGCCUAUGAAUGGUACAAAGCAUUUAAAGAAGGUCGGGAUGUGGUAUAUGAUUUACCUCGGUCUGGCCGGCCUUCAACAAGUACGAAUGAUGCAAAUAUCGCCAAAAUUAAGCAGCUGGUACUCGAAAAUCGUCGUAUGAGUCUUAGAGAGUUAGCACAAGAGGUCAACAUGUCGUUGAAGUCUGUUCAUAACAUUAUGAUUGAUAUUUUGGGCAUAAAACGCGUUGCCUCACGACUGGUGCCAAAAGAACUCAAUUUUGUUCAGAAAGAGCAUCGAAAGCAGUUUGCUGAAGAUAUGAGUGCCCGUGUAACGACUGAUCCUACUUUUAUAAAACGCAUUAUAACUGGCGAUGAGACUUGGGUGUACGAGUAUGAUAUACAAACAGGCCAGCAAUCUUCAGAAUGGUGUUUUGAAAACGGGUCGACCGCCAAAAAACCGCGUCAAAUUCACUCAAAAAUCAAGGUAAUGCUUGUAGUUUUUUUUGAUUAUCGUGGUGUGGUGCAAUCCGAAUUUCUUACAGAGAACCAAAGGAUGAAUAAAGAAUAUUAUUUAGAUGUAAUGAGGCGUUUGCGUGAGAAUAUCCGUCAAAAACGACAAGAUUUGUGGGAAGCCAAUUCAUGGAUCUUGCAUCACGACAAUACACCAUCACAUAAGGCCAUCGUCGUACAAGAGUUUUUGGCAGAAAAUUCAACGAAUGUGAUUGACCAAACACCGUACUCACCUGACAUGGCCCCUUGUGACUUUUUUCUGUUCCCAAAGCUAAAAUUGUUACUGCGUGGAAAGCGUUUCGAGACGAUUGCGGCGAUAAAAGAAAACUCGCUGAAGGAAUUGAUGGAAAUACCUCAAUCGGCAUACGAAAAAUGUAUGGAGGAUUGGGUUAAGCGCUGGCAUAGUUGUAUUGUACUUGAUGGAGCAUACUAUGAAGGAGACAAAAAAUUUUUCGAUAAUAUUGAUGAUAUUUGAGUGCAUU